AUGAUCUUAACAGCACUGUGCCGUGCAUUCACACACACACACACGUGUGACAAUAAGACUGGGUGUCAUAAACAUGUCCCUCCCCUUACAGGUGAUGUCAUCAUCCAGAUUGCAGAGAGCCAGAGGAGAUUGACCAAUGAGCUGGACGGCAUGUUCCGAUGGUUUCAUGGUGAGGUUCUGAGAGACAUGGAGAAUAAUGUAAAGCUGGACAAGGACUUCAUAACAGGCAGCAGGCGGCGCUAUGAGAUGGAAGUUCGUAACCAGGUGGCAGCCCAGGAGAGACAGCAGAGACGCGGAGGGCCCUGGGACGGGGGUGAGCAGGCCUUCUUCCUCCAACAGAGUCAGAGGGAUGCGCUGAUGGAGGAGGAGAGGAGAUACCGCUUCCUGGCCGAGAAACACUGCCAGCUCUCCCAGAACAUAGCCCAACUCAUGAACAAGACAGGGGGCGGUCUUCAGCGGCGAGCGGAGGAGUGGACUGAGCGCGUGGGUGCGACACGGGCUGCUCGACCACGAACCCCCUCUCGCGAACAGGUACCUGGGGAAGACAGGUGGCAAGAAGAGGUGCCCUUGGGGAGAGUGCCCUCAAGAGGACCAUCUCCUCAGCCCACUCGUUCCCGCUCCAGUUCUGUUGGUGAUGGGCUGGCCGCGGGCCGGCUGAUGAGGGCCAAAGUGAACCACGCCCCCUCGGGCAACCCCACCAUACUGGACUUCAACAGGGAUGACAUCAUCGUGGUGCUCAUACAGCAGCCCCGCAACGGCUGGCUCUACGGACGUGGCGAACACGGCAAUCGGCAGGGCUGGUUUCCUGCCGCGUAUGUGGAGCCGUUGGACCAGGCGCCUCCCCCUCCACCUGCACCUGCAUUUACGAGCCAAAGCAUGAGGAGCAGCCACAGCAUGAGUAACCAUCAUGACCAAUCAGGAGGUGGC